CUCUGUUCCUUCCUUCUAUUACCGCUAACGACACGCGCACGAGAGUCGCGCUAAGUCCCAAGAUCCCAAAGUCUCCUCCGGGUGAUUUCAGACCGAACACGUUCACCGCGACGAUCGAUAAUCCCGCGGCGCGGGUCGAAAAGCCGAGGGAUCGAAGCCGCGGAAGUGCUGUGCUUGUACAGUAGUGGUGCUGUGCUGUGUCUCUCCGUCGUCGCGGAUCAACCGUGUACAUGUACGCGCAUCGUCGCGGCCAGCAAAAUGCGAACGUCGUCGUGAGUAACGCCAAGAGAUCGUCGAUCGGAGUUUGUAUCGCUCGCGCGAGAACGGCGCACAUUGAACCGGAGUGCGCGGAAGAAAGAGACGGAUAGAGUAAGCGAGAAGAGAGGGAGGAAAAGAGCAGAGAGAAAGAGGCGGAUUCUCGCGGAGUCUUUCCGUGGCUUUCGACGACCGUUGUGAAUCGCCACCGAUGGUGCACGCACGGUUCGGCUGUGUACACCACGCGAGAUAAUGCGCCUUCCUCUUCCCGGGGCGCCCGUCCGGAUGACAUCGUCGCCAGCCAACAACGGGACGACGUAGGGUGACGUCGCGACGAGAAGAUAUGGAGGGUCCAUUGAGCAUCACUGUUACACAUUGUUCAAAUUGAUGCUACAUUUAGCCUUGAAUUUGGACAAUUUUUAAUGCGAUAGAAGCAGUACAUUGUUGAGGCACAGUAAUCCAGACUCCUAUCAAAGGAGAGAUGGAUACCGUGUGCGAUGAGGAUAGGCGGAGACGCCUACGGGCUUUGGAGGAGAAGAUUAAGGAUCCGAGAAGUGUCACAAAUAUCGAUUGCUUAUUGGAUACAGUCCAGGCCUUGGUAUUAGAUUGCGAUCAUGCGAGCGUGAAACGUAUGAAAAAUAUAGAAGCUUAUAUGAAUAGAUAUGACUCCGUAGCACAAGAGAUUUAUAAAAUGCGAAUGCGUACGGAUGAUUUUACUUUGAUAAAAGUAAUCGGCCGUGGCGCAUUUGGAGAGGUGCAGUUGGUUAGACAUAGAUCUACGCAAAAGGUUUAUGCUAUGAAAUUACUUAGUAAAUUUGAAAUGAUUAAGAGAUCGGAUUCCGCAUUUUUUUGGGAAGAGAGAGACAUAAUGGCUCACGCAAAUUCUCCGUGGAUAGUCCAGCUCCACUUUGCAUUCCAAGAUCAAAAGUAUCUCUAUAUGGUUAUGGAUUAUAUGCCAGGAGGAGAUUUAGUGAAUCUGAUGUCCAAUUACGAAGUGCCAGAGAAAUGGGCAAAAUUUUACUGUGCCGAAGUGGUGCUUGCAUUAGACGCGAUACACCUUAUGGGUUUCGUUCACAGAGACGUGAAACCAGACAAUAUGUUGCUCGACAAGCAUGGUCAUCUAAAACUUGCCGACUUUGGCACAUGUAUGAGGAUGGAUGCUGACGGUUUAGUACGGUCCGAUACAGCGGUUGGUACACCCGAUUACAUAUCCCCGGAAGUUCUACAAUCGCAAGGCGGGGAAGGAGUAUACGGUCGCGAAUGCGACUGGUGGUCCGUAGGUGUUUUUCUGUACGAGAUGUUGUUCGGUGAUACACCGUUUUUCGCCGACUCCUUAGUGGGGACAUAUUCAAAAAUCAUGGAUCACAGGAACUCGUUAUACUUUCCUCAAAAUGUCGAGAUUUCUCAUUCGGCGAAGAACUUAAUAUGCGGCUUCCUCACUGAUAGAACGAAACGUCUGGGUCGUAACGGUGUCGAUGAAAUUAAAAGCCAUCCAUUCUUCAAGAACGAUCAGUGGACUUUCGAUAAUCUAAGGGAAUGUGUGCCACCGGUAGUGCCCGAACUUUCAGGGGAUGACGAUACUAGCAAUUUCGAUGACGUCGACAAAGAGGACGGACCGGAGGAGAGUUUCCCAGUACCUAAAGCUUUUUCCGGAAAUCAUCUGCCUUUCAUUGGAUUCACUUACUCGGGAGAUUACCAGCUAAUGUUCUCUUAUGGCAAGGAGUCCGUGGAUGGAUUGGAGAAUCAUGUUAAUAAUGGUACCACUGACGAUGUGAAGAUCUCGCAGCUGGAAAACUUGCUAGAUCGUGAGAGACGACAAGUAGAGAUGAUGGAGUCGAGACAGAAAGCGUUGAACAUGCAGUUGGAAGCAAUGACAUGUCGAGAAGCUGAGCUGCGUGAAGAAGUAGGCAGAGCGGACAAAGAAUUGACGCUGCUCAGGCACAAUUACAAGGAGGCGCAACGUAGAGUGGAGCACGAGACGGAGACUCGUCGGAAGGCAGAAUCAUUGCUGGUGGAAGUGAAGAAGAAGUUUGACGAGGAGCAAACAAGGCGGGCGCGAGAUGUCAGCAAUUCGCAGCAAACAUCCGAGCGAGUAACGACAUUGGAAAAGCAGAUCAAAGAGAUGCAGUGCAAACUAGAGAGAGAAACAGAAACGGUGACGAGAUUGCGCAAGCAGGCGACGGAAAUCACUGUGGCGCGUCAAGCCGCCGAGCAAAUGGCGAGCGAACUCCAAGUUGCCAGGGCUCAGCUGCAAGCACAGCGUGAUAAUUUACAACAAGAGGUUGCCACGCUCCAGGGCCAACUUUCCAAGGAACGAAGUUCGAGAUCGCAAGCAUCAUUGUUGACGGCCGAACUAGAGACACGUCUUUCUGCCUUACAUCUCGAGUUAGAACGUAGUCGUGAGAAGGAGGAGAAGGCGACUCUGGAUAAUAGACAACUAAACGAAAGAAUUUCCGCGUUAGAAAAAGAAGCUGCUAGUUUAACUCUGGAAUUAAAAGCUGCGCAAGCGAGGUACAAUCAAGAAGUUGUGGCGCAUCAAGAGACGGAGCGUUCGCGCAUUCUCUCCAAAGAGGAAGCCAAUUUGGAAGUUGUCAAAGGGCAAAAGAACGGAAUUUUCAAAGCGAAAUUAAACGAGGAGAAAAGCGGAAGACAACGCGCGGAAUUACUUGCGCAGGAAAAGGAACGUCAGACAUCAAUGCUCUCUGUCGAUUAUAGACAGAUACAACAACGAUUGCAAAAGUUAGAAGGUGAACACAGACAAGAAGUGGAAAAAGUCAAAGUGCUGCAGGGCCAAGUUGAGCAGGAACAACAGAAAAGGAACGUCCUUCAGACCGAUUUAGGUCAGCAAACGUCCGAAGCGGGAAGACUUCGCGCUCGCGAGCAACAAUUGGUUGGAGAGGUUGCUCAAUUGAGGGAAGCUAAGCGGCAAAUAGAAGAGGAGUUACAUCACUUAAAAACGCAAAGGAACGUUGAUCAGUUACAGACGAAAGAAUUGCAAGAGCAAUUAGAAGCCGAAGCUUAUUUCUCGACUCUUUACAAAACACAGACGCAAGAAUUACGUGAAGAGCUGGACGAAAAAAUGAGACUGCAGCAAGAAUUGGAGGAAGAACGUAGCUCUCUGGUUCAUCAGUUACAACUGUCUUUGGCGCGCGGUGAUAGUGAGGCGCUGGCCAGAUCCAUAGCCGAGGAGACCGUAGCAGACUUAGAAAAGGAAAGAACCAUGAAGGAGCUGGAAUACAAAGACGGAGUAGCCAAGCAUCAUCAAGAGCUAAAUUCAAAGGAACAAAUUAUAAACAGACUUAAGGAGAACGAAAGCGAAUUCAAGAAAUCGGUCGAUCAAGCUCUGAAGGAAAAGGAGGACUUUGGCAAACGGUUGAAAGAAGUGCAAGAGCAGCUUGGCAAAGCACAGUUCAAUGUGGAAGAAAUUGAAAAGCUAAGCAGCAAGCUAAAAACUGAACAACUGUUGAAGCAGCAGGCGGUCAACAAGCUGGCCGAGAUCAUGAACCGGAAGGAUCUUUCGUCGAGCGGGAAGAAUAAAAACAAAGCAUCUGCUGCAGAUCUCAGGAAGAAGGAGAAGGAUUGCAGGCGCCUGCAACAAGAACUCACUCAAGAGAGAGAAAAGUACGGACAAUUGGCAGCUAAAUGGCAGAAAGAUUUGCAAGAUAUGCAAGCGCAACUUGUGGAGGAAAAUCAGGCAAAGCUAAAGCUGCAAAUGGAACUGGAUUCGAAGGACUCAGAAAUAGAAACGCUGCAAAUGAAAAUUGCGUCGCUCAAUUCGGAAACUGCAAGCGUCUCGUCCAUCGAGAACGACGACGCUGAGGAUUCGGUUUUGUCUGAGCAUGGUACGAUGAGACUGGAGGGUUGGUUAAAUGUGCCAAACAAGCAGAAUAUUAAGCGGCACGGCUGGAAGAAGCAAUACGUUGUAGUCUCCUCCAAGAAGAUAAUUUUCUAUAAUAGCGAAAACGAUAAAAUGAACGCCGAUCCGGUUCUGAUAUUAGACUUGAAUAAAGUCUUCCACGUUAGAUCUGUUACUCAGGGUGAUGUUAUCCGAGCCAAUGCCAAAGAUAUACCCAGAAUAUUUCAGUUACUCUAUGCCGGUGAAGGUGAAGCGAGGCGGCCCGGCGACGAAGGAAAUACACUGCCUGGAGUGGAUUUACCGCAGCUCACAGAUAAACCCGGCACUCAGUCGCUGAAGGGUCAUGAGUUUGUGUCAAUAUCUUAUCACAUGCCGACGACCUGCGAGGUCUGUUCGAAACAGCUCUGGCAUAUGUUUCGACCUUCGCCGGCUCUCGAAUGCCGAAGGUGUCGCAUUAAGGUUCAUAAGGAACACUUGGAUAAGAAGGAGGAUGCCAUAGCCCCAUGCAAACUGCACUAUGAUCCGAAUAGCGCUCGUGAGUUGUUGCUGCUUGCGGCGAAUCCUGAGGACCAGAAGUAUUGGGUCUCGCGGCUGUCCAGACGCGUUCAGAAAUGCGGCUACAAAGCGAACUCACACGUAGACGGCACGGGGCAGCGCGUUUCGCCAAGGGAAUCCACGAGGUCGACUCUGAAGCCAUACUUAUUGGUGCAGCAACGAUCCGCGACAUUGCCAGCAAACGCCAGUAUGGGCAAGUGAUCUUGGAAAAUGUUAGUAUUGGCGAUUAAGAAUUCCACUCACGAUCUGCUACCGCAUUUUACGCGUUAAUGGUAGUGAUGUCAAUGAGAAUCGUGGUAAAAAGAACUUUUACAACCUCGUGAUUUCCCCUGCGCACCUGGCAACUGAAGUAGACUGUCAAUAAUUUCCUAGAUCAAUGUGAAAAUAAUUGAAAUAGUGAUUACGAUCGUAAUGUGACUUUUGCAGCUAAGGGUAAGUGAAAUUCAAGUUUGAGUAUCGCUGGAGAAAACAGGGUUACUAUAUAUGUACCGGGUGAUAAACGGAUACGAUGAUAAGGAUGGAGAAAGAUAGGAUGCCGUGUCCAGGGUUGCGCGCCAUUAUCAAGUUCCCGGGACAAUAAUUGAAUUAAUUGAAACGCGCCGUGUUCCUCAUAUUUGCUGGAUUGUUUUAUCAUGAGCGACAUGUAAUAAUCUUUUCGGUGUUCGUGAUAUUCGCGGCAGAUUGUAAAACGUUCUUUAGAAGAAUGGUCGAAUUUCUGCAGUGAUUUUUCUGGAUUAGAACUCUCUUAUAUUGGACUUUGUAUACGCACAUUUCUUACUGCCUUUGAUAACGAUUAUCGAUAAAUUGUGAUGGAGACUUUUAGCUUAAGGCGUUUUUUCGAUGCUUUAAACCGAUUUCGGAAGCUUGGAAAAAGAGUAUAUAUAUAGUAUUUUGGAAUUAUUUUAUAUAUACACAGAAUGUUCUUUGAGGAUGUAUGUAGGUAUGCGCGGGGAUCUUUUGCUUUUAACAUGAGUAUUAGCGAGGAUUUAUUUAACAUUUGAUAGUUGAGAUGUGUUUUUGGACCGAGUUUAAUUUCAAGAAGGUGUAAAUAACUGAAUACGUGUUCGAAGAUCAAUGUUUUUAUCGAAAUUGCGGCAAGUGAGUUGGCUCAUGUCGGCGGACAUCGCGAGGAAGAAGUAAUAUUUGCGAAAUUGACCAGAAUGUGUGUGGCGUCUGUAAGAACUAUAUGAGUACACAAUAAUGAGUGCCAGCUUGUAUAGUAGAGAUAAUGAUUACGGUUGUACUUUAAAAGUUUUUAUUACAAUACACGAACUAAUGACGUCCGCUAUAUCCCAACAGAGACAGAGAGACAGCUAACGAGAGGACAAACUAACAAAAAUAUAUCAUGCAUAAUUCAGAAGCUCAACAGCUUCGUCAUGGUGCCAUACGGCUUAGCCAUUUUUGGCAUCGAAAGAAGCGAUAGGAAGAAACAAAAAAAACGAGAAAGAUAUUAGAAAUCGUAUUAGAUAUUAUUAAUGCAUCAUCGCCGUCUGUGUUCUUUCCAAAGUACGUUUGUGAGACAUUGCGUUGUGUCGAGACUCGUCGGAACGAAGAAAGCCGCUUCCAUCGAUGUUAGUCAGCUAACUGUGGUUAAUAUUCUUCUUUCCCAUGCGAACUCUCUAAAGUUAUAGACACUAAUUGCAAUUAAACGAGUUGAGCGAAAUUGUUCAUUAUGAUUUCCUGUCUCUUUUCUAAAGAGAUAAAAUCUAAAAAAAGUUUGUCUCGGAAAUCUAGAAAGAUUUACAUUUUUUUAAAUGAAAAAGAUAAAGAAUUAAUAAAGCAUCAGUUAAGUUACGAAUGAUAGCUAAAUUUAGAAAGGAGUAGGGAAUCGAUAAUCAGAACCAAGUCAAGCAAUAGAGCAAACAAAAGCAAUAGAAAAACCAAGAUUAUUUAUAGCAAGUUUGUCAUACGCACGCCGAACUUUAGUUAAUUAAAUUCUCUUUUUUAUUUGGAUUAUAGCUAACUUUCUAAAUAGGGGAAGGAGAAUUUCUAACCGGAAUUAGUUAACUAAAGUUGUCGGUGUAACUGGUUCUAAGAACUCAGCGAGACGUCCAUCAAAAAUGGUGCUCUUCCCACUUUUUCCUCCCUGUCCUAUCCAUCCUUUUGGUUUGAUAAAAUAUUGAGAGCGAGCGAAAAACUGUCGAUGCUUCUCAUAAUUAUAAAUUGUAAAAGUACGAAAGAGAGAAAGAGAUGAAUUUGAAACAGAAAAAAAAACGUCAUCCAAUAUACUGCCCCGUGCCUUCUUCACUAUUUUGGUUCUCCAUGAGAGCGAAACUUGGAGAAAAUUGGCAAUGAGAAAGAAAGAGGAAGAAUGAAAGAAUGAAUGAAUGAAUGGGUGAGUGAGUAAGAAUGAUAGAGUGCGAGAAUGACGGAGGGCGAGAUAGAUAAAGAAAGAAAAAGAAAGGAAAAGAGGAAGAACUUGUUACAGCAUAUUUUAUUAUUGUUUAGUUAUUUACAAUCUGUAUAUUAUUAAUUAAUAUUACGAUUAAAAGUAUUUUGUAGA